UUAUCAUUGAAAAUGAAUUCUGGUCCAGAAAAAAUUAUGAAACGUAGAUAAACACGUUUCUCUUUUACUAACACCUUACCAAAAACAUCAUUACCAAAAAAAAUAUCAGCUCCAGCUUCUGAAAUUACAGCAGAGUUUUUUAAAAGAUAGAAAGAAUAUGAUAACUUUAAUAAAUAUUCCUUUUAAGAAUAAAACAAUGAUGAAAUGAAGUUUUCUAUGCGCAAAUCUAAUUUUCAUUCUAUCAAAGAUGCUGUAAAAUAAGCUAAAUUAAAAUUCUUUGAGUCAACUCCACAAUGGAACAAUUUCAUGAACAAGACAAUCCCUUCAUAUUAAUAGUAAUACAAUUCAAUUAAAUAAAUUGCUAAUCAAUUCAGAAAUCAAAGAAAAAUGGUCUGUGUCACACAUAAUCAAAAACCAUAAUCAUAAAAAUAGUGGAACCUGAGUGUAAUCCUAAUUAUAGUUGUUCCUAUAAUUUGUAUUAUUCGUGUAUUAUUUGCUUUAAUUUUUACAUUAUGA